CCACAUGUGCAAACACUUCCGGGGUCCUUGGGGUCUGGCAACCGCCACACUUGCCUGUAUAAUUAUACACAACAAUGCCAAAGCCUUUUUUCCCAGGGAAUAAUAGGAAAUACGCAAUUCUCGCAAUUUCUCACUUCAGAGGUUAUUUUUGACAAGCUGUUGAAUAGGGGUCCUAAGAGAAAUGUAGGCAGUGGGAUAGCAUUCCGAAGCAAGAUGGCGGCGCUGAGGGCACUUCUAAGGGUCCGGACUGUGGCAGGAGGGUGGAGAGGCGCCGGUGGGAGACAGACCAUCAUACGUUCCCAAAGUGAAUUCACUUCCUUGGAGGAGAAACCACAGUUCCCCGGAGCUUCAGCUGACUUUGUGGACUCGUUGGAAUUCAUCCAGCCCAAUGUCAUUUCUGGGAUUCCUAUUUACCGUGUCAUGGAUCGUCAAGGGCAGAUUAUCAACCCAAGUGAAGACCCCAAAAUUCCGAAAGAGAAAGUCUUGAAGUUUUAUCAUACUAUGACUCUGCUGAACACCAUGGACAGGAUUUUAUAUGAAUCUCAGAGACAGGGAAGAAUCUCCUUCUACAUGACCAACUAUGGAGAGGAGGGGACACAUGUGGGCAGCGCAGCAGCACUGAAUGACACAGACCUUGUGUUUGGACAAUACAGAGAAGCUGGUGUGCUGAUGUACCGUGGUUAUCCCCUGGAUCUGUUCAUGGCUCAGUGUUAUGGUAAUGCCUCAGACCCAGGAAAAGGAAAACAAAUGCCUGUACACUAUGGCUGCAAGGACUUGAAUUUUGUUACCAUCUCCUCUCCACUGGCAACUCAGAUCCCACAGGCUGUGGGCGCAGCGUAUUCUUUUAAACGGGAAAAUGCAGACCGUGCUGUCAUUUGCUACUUUGGCGAGGGUGCAGCCAGUGAAGGAGAUGCACAUGCUGCCUUCAACUUCUCUGCUACUCUGGAGUGCCCUGUUCUGUUUUUUUGCAGAAAUAAUGGUUAUGCAAUAUCUACACCAACCUCUGAGCAAUACAGGGGAGAUGGUAUUGCGGCCCGUGGUCCUGGGUAUGGGAUCAUGUCAAUACGAGUGGAUGGUAAUGAUGUGUUUGCAGUGUACAAUGCUACCAAAGAGGCACGACGCAGAGCAGUUGCAGAGAAUCAGCCAUUCCUUAUAGAGGCCAUGACUUACAGAAUUGGACAUCACAGUACCAGUGACGACAGCUCAGCGUACCGCUCAGUUGAUGAGGUUAAUUAUUGGGACAAGCAGGACCAUCCUAUCUCUCGACUUCGACACUACAUGUUACACAAGGGCUGGUGGGAUGAGGAGCAGGAGAAGAUAUGGAGAAAAAAAUCACGCAAGAUGGUCAUGGAAGCAUUUGAAGAGGCUGAACGCAAGCAUAAACCCAAAGUGGAGCACAUGUUCUCAGAUGUAUACUCAGAGAUGCCUGCUCAGUUAAGGAAACAAGAAGAAUCUUUGAUGAAACAUCUAAAACUGUAUGGAGAACAUUAUCCUUUGGACAGCUAUGAGAAGUAACUCAUUUGAGGUUGCCUUUACCAUUACAAGGAAUAUUUCUGUUACAGGCAGCAAAUACUGUGGAUAUUGGGCACCUUAUCCUGCCCAACUAAACAGCCGGCUGCAAGAACUUACCUGUUAAUAAGUUCAAAUAAUUCCUCCUUUUUGUGAAAUCAAUUUAUUAGAUAAUUAUUUUGGUUGUAAAUAAAAGGUUAGGGAGUUUGUUUUUUUUUUUUAACAUGAACUUCCUGCUGUUUAUAGAGAAUUGUAUUAAUAUACUGUAUAAGCCCUAUGGUUACAUAGGUGGACAUCUUGGCAUAAGCACAGGAAGCCCAUAGUUAUCUAAUUCAGUGCUUGACUAUUAAAUGAAUGAAAAUAGAACAAAAGUGCUUUAAAGUGGUGUUUUCCAAUACAGAAACUUUUUAAAGGCCAUGAACACUAGGAAAUAAAAAUGCCAAAUCUGCACUUAUGCAUAAUAAUUUAGUGCACUUUUAAACUCUCUAUUAUUUCUAUGCACCAUGAUAUUUAAUUACACCUUUACUUUUCUCUUCACCUUCCUACUCAUGUCAUUUAUAUGGAGUAUUUAAAGUUCCAAUGAACAUACAAAGUUGGCGUGGCUUUCCUUUUAGAGAAAAGUGAAAUUCCGAUACACCAAAUCUGAAAAGAAACAGGAAAAGCCAGGACAACUGGAAGCAAUUUAGCAAACAGGAAAAACCAGGACACAACUGGUUCAUGGUACAAUAACAAGAAAAAUAUGUGCCCUGUUAUUGUACCUUUGACACACCGAAUGAUUUGUGAACUUCACACAAAAUGAAAUGUAAAGGAAACCUAAGUUAACACAUAACAUAGUUUUAAAUUAUUACUGCUUUUGCUUUGCUUUGUUUUACCUGGGUAACAUGGUUUCUUAAAUGCAGCAAUAAUUUGAAAAAAGUUCUGUGUUCAGGGUUGGUUUGUCUAACGUCCCAUUUUGUUAUAAAACCAGAAACCAUCCUG